CACAAAACCCUGAAAGAAGCGCCACCAAGCGUCGUCCUUCUUCUUCUUCUUCUUCUUCUUCUUCUUCUUCUUCGUUGCCGGAAGAGAACAUAGCUGAAGAAAUUCCUAAAACCCUUCUUCUUACACACUCUGCGUCUCUCGAGCUUCUUCAGUUCUCGGAGAGCGACAAGAGAAGAUGGGAAUUUUUGAACCUUACAGAGCAAUUGGCUACAUAACAAAUAGCGUCCCCUUCUCUGUGCAGAGACUUGGAACCGAGACCUUCGUCACCGUUAGCGUUGGCAAAGCUUUUCAAGUUUAUAAUUGCGCGAAGUUAAACUUAGUGCUUGUUGGACCUCAAUUGCCCAAGAAGAUUCGAGCUCUUGCUUCCUACCGUGAGUACACAUUUGCUGCUUAUGGGUCUGACAUUGCAGUUUUCAAGCGUGCUCAUCAGGUAGCAAAUUGGAGUAGCCAUAAUGCCAAGGUCAACUUGUUGCUAUUGUUUGGAGAUCAUAUCCUAAGUGUUGACAUUAAUGGAAAUAUGUUCAUGUGGGCUUUCAAAGGGAUUGAAGAUAGUCAGUCUCCAGUUGGACAAGUCAUCUUAGACAGAAAAUUUAGUCCUAGCUGUAUAAUGCAUCCGGACACAUAUCUAAACAAAGUUAUACUUGGAAGCUUGGAAGGUUCUUUGGAGCUUUGGAACAUCAGCUCAAAGAAGAAACUCUUUGAGUUCAAGGGAUGGAAUUCAUCUGUUUGCUGCUGUGUUUCAUCACCUGCUCUAGAUGUUGUUGCCAUUGGCUGUGCUGAUGGGAAGGUUCAUGUUCAUAACAUUCGUUAUGAUCAAGAAUUGUUUUCAUUCACCCACUCUACGCGAGGAUCUGUUACUGCCCUGUCUUUCAGCUCAGAUGGACAGCCUCUUCUUGCAUCUGGAGGUUCAUCAGGUGUUAUAAGCAUAUGGAAUCUUGAGAAGAGAAGACUUCAAUCGGUCAUUAGAGAAGCACAUGAUAGCUCAAUAGUUUCACUUCACUUUUUUGCUAAUGAACCAGUACUUAUGAGUUCAUCAGCAGAUAAUUCCAUCAAAAUGUGGAUAUUUGAUACAACAGAUGGAGAUCCCCGUUUAUUACGCUUUCGCAGUGGGCACAGUGCCCCUCCUCUUUGCAUUAGGUUUUAUGCGAAUGGGAGACACAUCUUAUCUGCCGGUCAGGAUCGUGCCUUCAGGCUUUUCUCUGUAAUCCAGGAUCAGCAAAGCAGGGAACUUUCUCAACGGCACGUGUCUAAACGUGCGAAGAAGCUAAAACUGAAGGAAGAAGAAAUAAAGUUGAAGCCCGUCAUAGCUUUUGAUUGUGCUGAAAUUAGAGAACGGGACUGGUGCAAUGUGGUUACAUGCCAUGUUGAUACUCCACAAGCAUAUGUAUGGAAACUUCAAAACUUUGUUCUUGGUGAGCAUAUCUUGAAACCAUGCCCAGAAAACCCGACUCCUGUUAAGGCUUGUGCAAUCAGUGCAUGUGGAAAUUUUGCCUUCUUAGGGACAGAAGGUGGUUGGAUUGAGCGAUUCAAUCUGCAAUCAGGUGCUAGUAGAGGUAGUUACCUGGACAAAAUGGAAGGAGGAAGCUUUGCACAUGUUGGAGAAGUUGUUGGUCUUGCUUGUGACUCUACAAACACCCACGUUAUAAGUGCUGGAGUUCAUGGAGAUAUAAAGGUUUGGAAUUUCAAGGAGCGUGAUCUAAAAUCCAGAUGGGAAAUUGGUAGUUCUGUUGUCAAGAUUGUCUAUCAUCGAGUAAAUGGACUUUUGGCAGUUGUAACUGAUGAUUUGGUUAUCCGUCUGUUUGACGUUGUGACUUUAAGGCUGGUUCGGAAAUUUGAAGGUCAUACCGAUCGUAUUACAGAUUUGUCUUUCAGUGAGGAUGGAAAAUGGCUUUUAUCAUCUAGUAUGGAUGGAAGUCUUAGAAUUUGGGACGUCAUUUUAGCAAGGCAAAUAGAUGCGCUACAUGUUGAUGCUUCAAUUACUGCGUUUUCCAUUUCUCCAAAUAUGGAUAUUUUGGCAACUACGCAUGUAGAUCAAAAUGGAGUGUACCUUUGGGUGAAUCAAUUAAUGUUCACUGGUUCAUCAAACGUGGAUACCCUUGCAAGUGGAAUGGAGUCUGAAGAUCGUGAUGAAAAUCCUUCAAAUCUACCUGAAUCUAAAGAUUUAUCAUGCUUAAGCAUCUCCACCCAGCAAAUCCCAGAUUUAAUUACGCUUUCACUGUUGCCCAGAAGCCAGUGGCAGAGCUUGAUCAAUUUGGACAUAAUAAAGGUCCGUAAUAAACCAAUUGAACCUCCAAAGAAACCUGAAAAGGCUCCUUUCUUCCUGCCAUCUCUUCCUUCUCUCUCUGGAGAAAUAUUAUUCAAGCCUUCGGAGUCAGCAAACAAAGAGGGAGAGGAAAAAAGAGUUGAUAGUGAACAACAAAAGAAAUCCGAUAUAACAUCAUCUCAAUUCUUGCAGCUUCUUGAAUCUUCUUCUGAAACAAAGAACUUCUCAGCCUUUACUGAUUACAUAAAAGGUUUAUCUCCAUCGACAUUGGAUUUGGAACUUAGAAUGCUUCAGAUUAUAGAUGACGAUGAUCAUCAAGAACCUGCAAACAGACCUGAACUUAUUUCAAUUGAACUGCUUCUUGAUUAUUUUAUACACGAAAUUACUUACCGCAACAACUUUGAGUUCGUACAAGCCUUGAUCAGAUUGUUCCUGAAGAUACAUGGCGAAACAGUUCGAUGCCAGUUGACAUUGCAAGAGAAGGCUAAGAAACUCCUAGAUGUUCAGACCUCAGUAUGGCAAGGUUUGGACAAAUUAUUCCAAUCCUCUAGAUGUAUGAUUACUUUUCUUAGCAAUUCACAGUUUUAGGCAGGGGUAGUGGGUUGGGUCCGAUCUUCUAAAAAACAGACCUAACCCGGGUCGAAAACCCCUAGUUCUAGGUGCUGUGACCUUGGCUCACAUAGAAUCAUGAAAGAUCAUUAUUUAUUGCUGUUGUAGAUUAGUUUUUCUUUUCUUUUCUUGGGGGGGAAUAUAUAGUGCCUUAAAAACUAGAGAGAGGGAUUUUCGUUUUAGCUUAAUUAAUAUCUCUAAAUUAGAUGAGUUAAUGAGAGGAUGAGUAUAAGGUGUAAAUUGUAUAACAUUAUUCAAUUUUGUCCAACUUUGGUAGGGUUCAUCGAAAUUCUUUUUCCAUUAAUUGUGUGCUUCUACAUUUUUGGAGAAA